AACCUCAGCGAAAACCAGAGACAGCGACGGCGAUCGGAAAACCAGAAGAUGAAGAUUUUCGUCAAAACUCUCAAGGGCACUCACUUUGAUAUCGAAGUAAAACCUGAAGACAAGGUUGCUGAUGUAAAAAACCAUAUAGAAGCUGUUCAAGGUGUGGAUGUUUAUCCUGCUGCACAGCAAAUGCUUAUUCAUCAGGGGAAAGUCCUUGCUGAUAACUCAACAUUGGAGGAGAAUAAAGUUGUUGAAAAUAAUUUUAUUGUUGUAAUGUUAUCUAAGAGUAAGAGUUCAUCUGGAGCAAGCUCAACAACUUCAACAGCUCAGCCAACAAAUGUUCCUCAGGCAAGUUCUGCACCACCUGCCCCGGCCCCAGCUUCAGCUGCACCUAUUGCAACUUCUGCUCCAGCUGCAUCUGUUGCUGUAUCUGCUCCUGUCACUUCAACUACUGCCGGGUCAGAGGCUGAUGUUUAUGGUCAAGCAGCCUCUAAUCUGGUUGCAGGAAGCAACCUAGAAGGAGCUAUCCAGCAAAUUCUUGACAUGGGUGGGGGAACAUGGGAUAGAGAUACUGUUGUACGCGCCCUUCGUGCUGCCUACAAUAAUCCAGAGAGAGCUGUGGAAUACUUGUAUUCUGGUAUCCCUGAACAAGCUGAAGUUCCACCUGUUGCCCGUGCUGCGGGUAGCGUCCCACCUACUAAUCCUUCAGUACAACCUCAACAGCCUGCUCAACCAGCCCCUCCUUCUAGUGGACCAAAUGUCAAUCCUUUGGACCUCUUUCCUCAGGGGCUUCCCAACAUGGGGUCAGGUGCUGCAAGUGCUGGUUCUCUUGAGUUUUUACGCAAUAGUCAACAGUUUCAAGCUUUGCGGGCAAUGGUUCAGGCUAACCCACAGAUAUUGCAGCCUAUGCUUCAAGAGUUGGGAAAACAAAAUCCUCAUUUGAUGAGGCUUAUUCAAGAGCAUCAGGCUGACUUUCUUCACCUGAUUAACGAACCUGUUGAAGGUGGAGAGGGGAACAUAUUGGGGCAACUUGCUGAUGCAAUGCCACAGACCCUAACAGUCACACCUGAGGAGCGUGAAGCCAUAGAACGGCUUGAAGCAAUGGGUUUUGAUCGAGCAACUGUGCUCCAAGUUUUCUUUGCCUGCAACAAGAAUGAGGAGCUGGCAGCGAACUACCUUCUAGAUCACAUGAAUGAGUUCGAGGAUUGACUUUUGGGUGAAGGAAAUGGUUAGAGGAGUACAUUUCAAGAAGUGAAUUUAUAUUUUUUUUUUUCUGGGUUAAUUUUCUUCAUCCCCAAACUUAUAACUUUAUUAUAAUCAAAGUGAUGUGAAGUGCUUGGGGCAGACAAGUGAACGCUAAGAUGUAUGUUUCUUGUUAGGAACCAUUAAGAUCUUUUAUACAAAGUGUCUUAGUAGUGUUGUGCAUCCAAUUUAGGUUAGUAUCCAAUAAUUGCAUCUGUUACAUACAAUUCUAAUUACGAUCUGCAGAUACGAUCUCAGCGGAGACUGAGUAGACG